AUGUUUGGAAAGGAGAAUGAUAUGGAGAAGGACAUGUCCACUGUGACAAUUCCUACCUCUUACUCAAGUGACGAAGCCAAGAAUAAUGCCUUGGACAGCAGCAGCAGCGGUCAUGAAAGUGACUCUGUUGAGAAAGUGGAGGAUGACUAUCCCAAGGGAUUGCGGCUGUUUUUCAUUGUGAUCGCGUUGGUUAUCAGCAUGUUUCUACUUUCGCUUGAUAUGACCAUCAUCGCCACAGCCAUCCCACGUAUCACCGACCAGUUUCAUAGCACUGGAGACAUCGCUUGGUAUGGUUCCGCCUUUUUCAUGACCCUGGGAGGAUUCCAGUCAAUGUGGGGAAAGAUCUACAAGUUCUUCUCGCUGAAGAUUUCAUUCCUUGCCGCCAUCAUCAUAUUUGAAGUUGGCUCUCUGAUCUGCGGAGUUGCGCCUAGCUCGAACGCUCUGAUUGUCGGACGUGCUAUUGCAGGCGUGGGAGCUGCUGGCUGCUCAUCCGGAGCAUACACCAUUCUCGGAUACGCAGCAGAGCCCGCCAAACGGCCGAUGUUCACCGGCAUCAUUGGAGCAUCCUAUGGCAUCGCAUCUGUCAUUGGUCCUUUGAUCGGCGGCGCUUUCAGUGGUAGUGUCUCUUGGAGAUGGUGCUUCUACAUUAACCUGCCUAUUGGCGGUGUAUCAGCCUUCAUAAUCCUCUUCUUUUUCCAGAACCCAGCUGCCGCCAAGCCAAUCGACAUUCCCUUCCGCGAGAAGCUGCUACAGAUGGACCCUCUUGGUGUAGCUAUGGUUAUGGGCGGUAUCAUCUGUUACAUUUUGGCCCUGCAGUAUGGUGGACAGACACACUCUUGGAGCUCAUCUCUCGUCAUCGGACUUUUAGUCGGAUUCGUCGUCAUCUUCGCUGCCUUCGGAGUAUGGGAGUUCAUGCAGGGGGAUCGCGCUAUGGUACCUGGUCGGUUGAUCAAGCAACGCACGAACCUCGUUUCUUGUGUAUAUUGGUUCUUCUUCGGUGGUGGUUACUACAUCCUGAUCUACUACCUCCCCAUCUACUUCCAGAGUAUUGAUGAUGUCAGUCCAGUGCAGUCUGGUGUGCGAAACUUACCUUUGAUCCUCGCUGUGAUGGUGGCAACCAUUGCUUCCGGCGGUGCUAUCACUGCCACCGGUCUGGCAACUCCUAUCCAAGUCGUGGGCAGUCUAUUUGCUGUUGUUGCUACAGGCCUGCUCUAUACUCUGGAUAUUGGCAGUCCAAGUGGCAAGUGGAUCGGUUUCCAGAUCUUGGCUGGUAUUGGCUACGGUCUCGCUUUCCAAAUUCCCAUGAUUGUGGGACAAGCCACAGCGAGUGCCGGGGAUCUGCCAGAAGUUACUGCCAUCAUUCUUUUCUUCCAAACCGUCGGUGCCGCCAUGGCUGUCUCCGCCGCGCAAUCUGCCUUCUUCAACCAGAUGCUCAUCAAAAUCACCACAUCUGCUCCAUCGGUCGACCGGACCUUGCUUAUGAUGGUGGGUGCCACAGAUCUCCGAGCAAACUUCACAGCGGAGCAAAUGCCUGGCGUGUUGAUUGCCUACAUGAGCGGCCUGAAGACAGUAUUUGCCUUGGCAAUCGCUGUAACUGGAGUUGCAUUAUUGAUCACAGCACUUGCUUCAAAGUGGCAGAGACUGGACACCGAAGCUAUCAAGAACGGAGGAGCUGCGGCAUAA